UUCACAAUUUCUCUAUGAGCCAAACAACAAACAUGUGAACUGCAAUACACUAAAUUCUACUCAUACAAUAACGAUUUCCGAACUGAUUAGUCGUGCAGUAAUCUGUACAGAGGUCCUGCAGAUACCUAUGUAGCCCCACAAAUGGCCUCUGUUAGUGGCCUUUAAGGCACUCUGGUGUUAAAGCCUCAAGCGAACUCGGAUGCGAGAACAGACUGGACUUGCGUCGGACGGAAAAUAGACGGGGGGCAAAUGCGCAUCUGAUUCUGCGGAUAGAACCUCGAUUGCCUGCCACUGAAUAUGGCCGGAUUGUCCGACGUUCCGAUAGAGAUCCUCAACGCCAUACUCGAGUAUCUCUUUCUCAGGGAUCUGCAAACUCUCAUCACGUCACAGCGCACCGGGAAACACUUUCGCGCAGUCGUCCAAGACAUCCUCACACGGCAGCGAUCUUCCUCUCCUUGCAUCGGGACGAGCGACUCAGAGCUACCGUGUGCUCAUGACCCCUGGGAUCGACUUUUAUGGCAGAGGUUUCGUCCGCUGUUCGCGGCCACGCAGUGUUUUACGCCGGAAGAGCGCGGGCGGAUCAUCUACCUCACCAUUGCGGGCGACAGCACGCUGCCUUUCAAACGGCUGCCGUGGGCGCAGGAUGAGAGAUCCAGGGGACCGUAUCUCCGCCCCGAGGCGAGCUGGCGAGGUCUGAGCGUCGCUCGCCCUGGAAGGGAGCCGAUCACGCACUUGGAGAUCAUCAGGGGCUAUCAGAGCGACGACGAUGAUACUGUCGAGUAUCUCCAUGUCGAACUCCCAGGAGGCGUACUGACCAUGGGGGCCUUGUAUGACGUCCUGCUGAGCGAGCAGGUGCAUUUCGGCGACGAGACGGGGGAUUGGGAACUUCUGCUCGGCAAGCGGCUACGAGAUCACGAUCUAAUGCAGGAAUAUGAGUGCUUCAUUCAGGAGGAUAGUGAUUUGGUUGAUAGUGGGCCAGAUGCGAGGCAGUGUGCGAUAUUGUACGUCCAGGGGGCCAUCACAGGCGAUGUGCCUUCUGAUUCCUGGCCCGUGGCACAUAAGUGGACACCGAAGAUCAUUGGCAAAUUGCCAAGAUUGUUGUCUUGGGACGAGUCAAGAGAUGUGAAGGAAUGAGCAAAUGAAGAUUAUAUUAGUACAAUUGGUCUGGUGUGGUACAUACUUGUCACAAAUGGCCAAGUGGAUAUUUUAAAUAGGGAUAGUUAAGUAGGAACGUUCAAAACGUGACUUACGA